GACAUGAUCGAUGCUCCAAAUGUCCCAUAUGUUGGAAAUGGUACACCGCUUGGUUGUCGCUCUGCCCCGCGACGGCUCGCGGAGCCGGUGCCGCGCUUGGGCUCACCGUUCCUCGAGAACCCUUUCCCAGGUCGUCAACGCAACACAUUUCCACGCGGCGGCGUCAAUCAAUCUCAAGAUCCCUUCAGAAGCUUCCACGAUCGAUUACUGGAUGCUGCCAGCCAG